GGAUAACCCAGAUCGAAAGAGAGAAACCCCCUCUCUUUCUUAAGUCUUCAUGGAGGAUCUUCUCUGGUUCACGAUCCCUUCCUUGCGGGCUAGGGCAUGCUACAACCCCCCGCGGCGCUCUCUCCUUUCUUCCUCUUCUCUCCGGUCGGUGACCCUGCUUCUUCUCUUCACUGUCGCCAGUCGGAUCUCCACAACCCACACCUUCUUCUUCUUAAUUCCAGUGGCGACGUCAACAAGCAUCCUUGGCGGAAGCUGCGAGCGACGACAACAAUCUUCACCUUGCCGGAGAGGGUUUCUUCGGCAAGACCUCCACCUUCUGACAGUUUCUUCCGACUGGGGUUCAGGCGGCAGAUUCCAGAGGCGAGGUGGUUCUUCCAUUUCACAGUAUACCAUCUUUAUUUUUUGUCCACUUCCAGUAGAGGGGUUCUUUGUUGGAAGAUUCAUUCACCAUCACCGUUGUCGAAGUGUGCAACAACCAUCAGAGCGCUACUGUUCACCAGAGUUCGGGGUUCGAUCCCUGGGUCUUCGUGUGACGACGAGGGUGUUAUUGAUGAUGAUGGAAGUGUAGGGGAAACCCAAGAAUCACUUUCUUUGACUAUUCUUCUACCAGUUGAGCCAGUUGAGCAUGCUUUUGUACUUUUUGAUGAUGGAAGUGUAGGGGAGACCAUAGAAUCACUUUCGUUGAUUGCACUUGAUCUAGAGCCAGAUCCUUUACCUGAUCAAGAUGACGCCACAUUCACUAUUUUAGAGACUCUAGGUACCUUUCAGGAUGGUUGAGGCUGUCCGGAGCAGUUCCAGUCGCUGGCCCCCCAUCUGC